CUGCGUGUCUACGCGGUUCCGCGCGGUCACCGGGCGACUGCGCCGCGCGGCCGCUUCGCCGAGCGCCCGGCAUAUCCGCCGCGUUGUCUGCGGCCCGGGAGGCCGCCCUCCCGCGUCCGCGCCGACCGGGCGAGAGGUGGCGCCGAUCGCGAGGCCGCCCGCGAUGCUGCUGUCCAAGUUCGGUUCCCUGGCGCACCUCUGCGGGCCCGGCGGCGUGGACCACCUUCCGGUGAAGAUCCUGCAGCCAGCCAAGGCGGACAAGGAGAGCUUCGAGAAGGUGUACCAGGUGGGCGCCGUGCUGGGCAGCGGCGGCUUCGGCACGGUCUACGCGGGCAGCCGCAUCGCCGACGGGCUCCCGGUGGCCGUGAAGCACGUGGUGAAGGAGCGGGUGACCGAGUGGGGCAGCCUUGGCGGCGCGGCCGUGCCCCUGGAGGUGGUGCUGCUGCGCAAGGUGGGCGCGGCGGGCGGCGCGCGCGGCGUCAUCCGCCUGCUGGACUGGUUCGAGCGGCCCGACGGCUUCCUGCUGGUGCUGGAGCGGCCCGAGCCCGCGCAGGACCUCUUCGACUUCAUCACGGAGCGCGGCGCCCUGGACGAGCCGCUGGCCCGCCGCUUCUUCGCGCAGGUGCUGGCCGCCGUGCGCCACUGCCACGGCUGCGGCGUGGUGCACCGCGACAUCAAGGACGAGAACCUGCUGGUGGAUCUGCGCUCGGGCGAGCUGAAGCUCAUCGACUUCGGCUCGGGCGCGCUGCUCAAGGACACGGUCUACACCGACUUCGACGGCACCCGGGUGUACAGCCCCCCAGAGUGGAUUCGCUACCACCGCUACCACGGGCGUUCGGCCACCGUGUGGUCCCUUGGUGUGCUGCUCUAUGACAUGGUGUGCGGGGACAUCCCCUUUGAGCAGGACGAGGAGAUCCUGCGUGGUCGCCUGUUCUUCCGGAGGAGGGUCUCCCCAGAGUGCCAGCAGCUCAUUGAGUGGUGCCUCUCCCUGAGGCCUUCAGAGAGGCCCUCACUGGACCAGAUCGCUGCUCACCCCUGGAUGCUUGGGUCAGAAGGGGACAUCUCAGAGAGCUGUGACCUGCGACUCUGUGCCCUGGACACUGAUGAUGGGGCCAGCACCACGUCCAGCAGUGAGAGCUUGUGAGGAGGGGCCUGGCUUAAAAUGUGUCCUUCUGCAGAAGCAGUGAUCUUUGAUUCCUGGUGACCUUUGCCCUCGGCACCGGGCCUGUUUCCUUUGCUUUGAGUGCCUUUUUGAUCGCUGCUCCAUGGGACUGGGUUUUCUUGAGCUCAUCUGUCCAAAGACGGCUCCGGGUGAAGAGAGGUCCCACCUGCCCUCUGGGUGGAUACUUGAACCAGAGACAUCCCCCACCUUCUGCUCCAACCUGGAGGCAGCCUUCCUGUAGGGCCCAGAGCACCCACCAGUGGGCACAGGAUCCCCGUGCCUGCCUCCCACCCUCAGUCUCAUGGUGUUCGACUGGGCUGUCCGUGCACAAGCAAUGCAAUGGCAGGCCUCUGCCGCCUGCCUGCCACAGCGCACGCAGGCUGUGUCUGUGCGUGCCAGUAUCUGUUGUUUAUGGUGUGACUCCCCUGGAGGGCGCCCCGCCCUACCGGGCUAUUUAUUGCUUAAUUUAUUUGUCGAGGUUACUUCCUCUGAGCAGCUGCCUCCUCCAGGCCUCUGGUGGCAGCAGUCAUAGACCCUGUCCUGACCUUACACCUGGAGUAGGUCCCCAGUCCACCUGUUUGGGAGGAAGAACUUGUACAGUGGCUAAUUUAAAGGGAGUGGGUGACCCCGCCGCCCUGGGCAUCUGCACUGGGGGUGGGUUUUAAAUUAUUGACCUUGUACAGUCUGCUUGCUGGCUCUGAAAGCUGGGUGGGGGACAGAGUCUCAAGCCCUUAAUUUAUUUUAGCAGCUGUGUUUCUGUGACCCCGGUGUGAUGGGCAUCGGGGAUGGGGGGUUCUUUCAGUUCAAAAGUGUGAGAUGUCUGGAGAUCAUAUUUUUUAUACAGGUAUUUCAAUUAAAUUUUUUUUGUAUAUAAGAGAUGUCCUGUGUUUACUGUGCUGGGUGCCCAGGUGGGAAAGUGGGGUUGAGGGGAUUCCUGACCCUGAGUAGGUAGCCUUUCCAGAUUGCCUCUGGAGGCCGUGCCCAUAGUGGGGACAGAGGGGUCCAGUCUCUUCCCUUGGGAGGCCAGCCUGGCUCCUGGUGUCUCUUCCUUUAGGCAAGAGGGUCCUGUGUGUGGUUUGUGGCCUUUUGCCAUCCCAUUCUCUGCACCCAGAGGAAUAGGCCA